AUGGCCCGUCCGACGCGGCGCCCUGGCGAAAGCUCACCACAAGGUCUUUAUCAACUUGGUGUUCAGGGAAGAAAAACGGGCGCGACGUUGAAGGAUGACGGCAAACGUGAUUCGCAGGGCAUGAUGCCCACCGCGGGACUCUUCUCUUCCCCGGGAGGCAAUACCACGCAAAAUGUGGCUGUAGCUCCGACAGAAGAGCCGAUACCCGAGGCAACACCAACACGAGACAGAAACGAGGAUACCAGCGCCCCUAUGGACAUCGCUUCAAGUGGUGGCGCCGGCCCAGCAACUGUUCUUCGAGACCCCAGGAACUUGAAGAUCCCCGUCCCAAAGGGCCGGUCGCCAGCGAGGACGAAUGCAAGCUUGCUAAGCUCGCCGGCGAAACGAAACCCGAAUAUAUCACCGAUGCUGCCGCCGCCAGCCGACCCUGCGGCGAGAUUUCUCGAUUUUCCGACUCCCUCUAGGCGGAGCCAAGGCUCGAGGCGCCCCAGUACCGCAGAAAUUCCAAGCAGCGACUCUAUCAACGCAUUGGCGGGCCAGGCUGGGGAGAUGGGCGACACAACUCCGGCGCAAUUAGACUUACGGCGCGUAAACGAGUUUGUGCCUAGGCAUCGGCCACCAGUGUCUGCCAAAAGCUUAUCCGCAAAGGCAAGAGGCAAGCAAAGAGCCGUUUCGAGCAGGUCACCGCCGCAGUUCCCUGAGGAGCCCACUGUACACGUUCCGGACCUACCGGAACCGGAGCCUGAGCCGGGGAUGUGGCCGGAGCCCGAGCCCGAGCCGGCGUCGGAACCAGAGCCAGGCUUCGGGUUUGAGCCGCUACAGUACUCAUCUUCACUGCCUGCUCCAACACGGGAGACCUCGAUUACAGCACCCUCGCCGCGACCACCAACGCAAAAACGACCUACACCAGCCCUUUCGACGACGAGUUCAACAGCUCGACACCCGCGUAAUGAUGUUGAUGAUCGCAGAGAUGCGGCCAAGCGCCAACGUCAAACUGGCUCUGAAGUGUCGCGGAGAAGCGAGCAGCCGGUUAAGCGUGGGCGUGGGCGGCCGCCGAAGAACGGGGUCGCGAGGCGUGGACGCGGACGGCCUCGGAGAAGUGAGGUCGAGUCAGAGGAAGAGGGUGAAUCUUUGAUGACAUUGCAGAGAGGACCGCCGAUGCCCAAAUCACGGGGUCUGGUCUCUAUGCGUCGCGAUGCCGCUGCCGCUGCUCAUAAUCGCCACCAAGGAAAUGACGGCGACUGGUGGGCCAACAUACAUAACGAUGAUUCUACCUACCAGCAUGAGCGGUCUCGCGGCCAAGCUCUCGCAUUGCAGACCACCACGAGAAGCCACCGCCAACCCGCCGCCGCCGCCAUCGCGGAUGUGGAAGCGGACCUCGAGGACUGGGAGGUCGACCCCGGCAGCCUCACUGGCGAGAUCGUCCUCUGGGAGCCCGAGCACGAGCACAACCCGCCCGGGCCCGACGACCCCGUGCAGGUCACCGACGAGCGCAUCGCCCUCACCGCCGACGCCAUCCAGACGUACGAGAUUAGGGACUCGGACGCGCGCUACGGCAAGCCGCUGACGACGCCGUUCAUGGGCGCGGGCAUCGUCGACCUGCCGCCGCACUCGGAGAAGCGGCCCAAGAACUCGCGCAAGAUGCACCUCGUCUUCUUCGUGCACUACGGCAAGGUCACGGUCAACAUUAAUGAUGCGCAGUUUCGCAUCUCGGCGGGCGGCAUGUGGUUCGUGCCACGCGGCAACUACUAUAAUAUUGCCAACGAGUUUGACUUUCCGGCGAGGGUGCACUUUGCGCAGGCGUGUGAGGUGUCGACCUCGCCGCAGGCGGUGGACGACAUGACGCAGACGAUUCUGGCGUGA